AUGGCAGCUCGCCAAUCAACGCCAACCUCGGAGCACUCGCAUUCCGACAGCAAUGUCCGUAAAAGAGUAUGCAAAGCAUGCGAUCGGUGUCGUUUGAAGAAAUCCAAGUGCGACGGAUCCAGCCCUUGUUCCCGUUGUCGUGCAGAUAAUGCCAUCUGUGUCUUCGGAGAGCGCAAGAAGGCGCAUGACAAAGUGUACCCGAAGGGAUACGUUGAGAUGCUUGAACAGCAACAAUCCUGGCUCGUCAAUGGCCUCCAGGAACUCUAUCGUCGCAACAUCGAAGGCGAAGGCUGGCCCGGCGAGCACCUGAAACUCGAACCCAACGGUCACCCACUUACUCACGACCUGCUGAUGCGCCUCGGCGCCCUCGACGGCUCCAAGGGCGAGCGCUUUGAAGAAAACCCCGAAGCCCUACAACAGGAUCUAUGGCACACCAAUGCCGGCAUGCAACGCCAGGAAUCUUCCGACGGUGGUUCCGAUAGUCCCCAGUCACCCGUGCCUCGCUCGCGCUUCUCAUCCGACGCUUUCUCCCAGCAACACAUGCCGCCCACGCCACCCACAUAUAGUCCCUCGACGCGUGCGUCUAUCAAGACCGAGCAGCCUCAUCAACCACAGAUGCCCACCACCCCACAAUUCGCCCAACCCAUGUCCAUGCAAGGGGUGGUCAACCCAUUAGCUUUGCAGGGUCCGCAACCGUGGCCUAGUAACGGGUUCAAUCCUUUCGACGAGAUGGAUUUGAUGUCCACGGCCGAUUACUCCAAUAUGCCCUUUGACGACCAGCAGCUAUCAUCGCCUAUGUUCAAUCGCCAGGUACCCAUGAAUUGCUUGUCUCAAGGGUCAUAUCUUGAUUCCAAGAAUGACUACGAGGAUUUCAACCAGUUCCUCAAUCCAAAUCCUACGGAGAUUACCUCGAUCUAA